AUGUACGAGUUUUACUAACUCACAUUACGUUAAUGCGAUAGUCCGCUGACUUAGACAGAAUUCAUUAUACAUUCUCAUACAGCCUCAUAGUCAGCAAGCGAUCAGGUUCGGUGGAAGUAACGAGGAACAGUGAAGGCAGCAGGGCCAGGUGACAGCCUUCCGCGGGAAAUUCAGUACUGCCUGCCUGUUGGAAUUACAAACAUAACAGCUCUAUUUAGCAUCUUACAACCCAUACACCUUAAACCUGAGCGGCAGUCCUGUUUGCUGGAACAGCCAACAUAACAAAAUGUCAAAGAAGAAAGGACUAAGUUUGGAGGAGAAGAGGACUCGCAUGAUGGAGAUUUUCUUUGAAACGAAAGACGUGUUUCAGCUGAAAGACAUUGAGAAGAUCGCCCCUAAGACAAAGGGCAUAGCUCCAAUGACUGUGAAGGAUGUGCUGCAGAGCCUGGUGGAUGACAACAUGGUGGACUGUGAAAGAGUGGGAACAUCCAACUACUACUGGUCCUUUCCCAGCAAGGCCCUGCACGCUCGCAAGCACAAACUGGAGGAUCUGCAGCAACAGAGCUCUCAAGCAAAGCAGAGGAAAGCGUCUCUACAAAAAGCUGUGGAAAAAGCCAAAGAGGGACGUCAAGAUACAGAGGAAAGGAGCUCUCUGCUGAAGGAACUAAAGUCACUGAGAGAGGAGCGAACUCAGCUGCAGGCCGAGUUGGAGAAAUACAAGGAAUGUGACCCAGAAGUGGUUGAGGAGAUGAGAAAGUCAAAUGUUGUAGCAAAAGCUGCUGUUUCCAGGUGGACAGACAAUGUUUUCUCCAUCAAAUCAUGGACAAAGAAGAAGUUUGCCUUUGAUGAUAGCCGCAUUGAUAAAGCCUUUGGGAUUCCUGAGGACUUUGACUACAUGGACUGACUGCCAGCAUUUUUUCCCCAGAGUUCACAGGCACAGCAAAGGAAAAAUAAGUGUCUAAUCUCGAGUUUGAAGGUAACAGACUUUGUCUCAGCAGUUCUACUUUAUGUUCUGUGUAUUGUAAUGAAAAUAAAGGCCCCAGGCUUCAGGAUUUCAGGAUGUAUGAUCUGUGGUGGGCCUUGAAUAGGAAUGGAUAUCAGUAAGUUUUGCUGUGGCAGAUGGACACUACCAGUUGAUAUGUUGCUUUGAUGCAACCCGAGAAGAGAAGCACCAACCAUUAGUGGCUGUGAAGGGCUUCUGUGGUUAACGCAACCUAGCAGUCUGACUUUUGGGACACCUGUUUGCAGGAAAACUGAGAACCCCAAGUUGAUGAUAGAAAGGAAGCAAUACUUAACACAUCUGUGUAGCCAGGGAGCUAAUUUGUAUGGUUUAAACAGAUGAUUUGGAAUCAAAUGCUUGUGCAUUUUUUGACUGACAGGAGAAUUAAAUUACGGAGGAUACCUUUUGAGUAUGUUAGGUCUUCAAGUUCUGUAUAUAUUUAAUGUAUGUUUACUUUUUGCAGAGCCUCUUUUCUUGCAAAUAAAUUAUCCCUAU